UGUGUUUGAGGAAAACGAAACUGAACUUAAUGACGCGGUUUAGUUAAAUAACGCAGUCGCAGUCGAAGCAAUUUUCCGGAGACAAACUGUGUCUGUGCACAACCUACGCUUGGAGUCAGAUUACAAGUGCAGUUUGCAGCAUAUUCUAGCCUUUGGAAAAUCACAUUGCAUUGAAUCCUGCAUUAUUGAUCCUUGAAGAUAUUGUGAAAAAUGCUGCACCUGGUUUACACCGUGUUGCUCUUAUCUGCUGCUUUCAAUACAGGUUCAAGCCUACCUUCGUUUGACAUAGAUUGGUCGACAGUUGCCUGGGUUGCUGGAGGUGCAGUUACUGCAGUGGUUGCUGCCCCACUUGCUGUCGGGGCACUCGGGUUCACUGCCGCUGGAAUAUCAGCUGGAUCUGCGGCAGCAAGUGCGAUGUCCACGUUAGCUGUUAUGAAUGGAGGAGCGACAGCGGCUGGUGGUAUUGUGGCAACUUUGCAGUCUGCCGGAGCCAUUGGAUUAACUGCAAGUGCAACGGCUGCUGUGGCGGGCACAGGCGCUACUGUUGGCUAUGCUGCCAAAUCAGUUAUUGAGUAGUCUUCAGAUGAAAAUUGUGUUAUAAUGUUGAACGGGUGGGGUUUUCUAUAAGUUUAUCACUAAAUGCACUCCAAUGUGUUUUUGCCUGGUCCAUUCUGAGAAUAAAAUUAUCUGUUCUGGAUCAUCAGAUUGUUAAUUUCAGAUGAACAAAAGCCUGUCCCAGAAUAAACAUUGCAAGGUUACAUUUCUCAUUGAAUUGUUGCAAUAACAUUGACAGGUCGAAUGGAGACUUUUGAAAAUGUUGUUAACAUUCACGUUUUUCUUCAAUGCUACUGUUCAAGAGUGAUUCUAGAUGAAUACAAAAUAAAAAAAAAUGUUAUAUCACAAUA